CUCCCGGGGCUGGGUCGCCUGCGGGGUGACGGGAAGGGAGGCGGACCGGGCGCAGGGAUCCCGGGGCUCGAGGCGGGAAGUGGGCGCGGCGCGGGCUGUACCGGGCGCGCGGCGGCUGCGGACGAGGAUGGGAGCGGGGCCCCCCGGCCUCCCACAGCCUCUGGAGCCCCGCUGAAACCGGCCGCGGAGACCCCGCGCGGGAGCCGAGAUGUGUCUGCGCUUUGGUGGCCUGAGUGUGGAUGACUUCCGGAAGGUGCUGAUGAAGACGGGGCUGGUGCUGGUGGUGCUGGGCCAUGUGAGCUUCAUCGCAGCUGCUCUCCUCCAUGGCACAGUGCUGCGCUACGUGGCUGCCCCCCACGACGCUGUGGCUCUGCAGUACUGCGUAGUCAACAUCCUCUCUGUCACUUCUGCCAUUGUGGUCAUCGCCUCGGGCAUCGUAGCCAUCGUUUUGUCACGUUACCUCUCCAGCAUCCCCCUGCGCUGGACAGUGUUUAGCUCGAGCGUGGCCUGUGCCCUUCUUUCUCUGACCUGUGCUCUUGGCCUCUUGGCCUCUAUCGCCGUGACCUUUGCCACCCAGGGCCGGGCACUGCUGGCCACCUGCACCUUUGGGAGCCCCGAAGUCCUGGCGCUGGCACCUGACUGUCCCUAUGACCCCACACGCAUUUAUAGCUCCAGCCUGUGCCUCUGGGGCAUCUCACUAGUGUUCUGCGUGGCGGAGAGCGUGUUUGCUGUGCGCUGUGCCCAGCUCGCCCACCAGCUGCUGAAAUUGAGGCCCUGGUGGGGGAAAAGCAGCCACCACAUGGAGAGCCCAGAGCCCGUGGAGGGCCAAGACCUGCUGAGCUGCACCGCCUCGGAGCCGCUGACACUCUGACAGCUGAUGCCUCGCCUGGGCCCUCUAGCCACUGGAGCCCUGCAACCAAGUCUGCACCGUGACCUGGCUAGGAUUCCUGCAGCCAGCCCAAGAGGGCUCAGUGGCCCCUCGGGGACCCAGGUGGGGCUUUCAACCGCGUCCGCCGGCCACUCAGCCUACUGCACUGAAAGAGACUUUAUUCUGAAGUUAUUAAAAAGAACAGAGAUGCUCCACAUAGUUGCAUGCAGCGGGGGAGGGGGCUCAGCCAGGGGGCCUGUGCUUCCUUCUCACACAGGACACUGUGGGUGGGGCUCUAGGUGUGUCUGCCCAUGUGUCUGUGGGUCUGUGUGUGUGUGUCUGAGAGAGGCAAAAUACAUAGAGGGCUCCGU